AUGGAGCAAUCUACGAUGCUCAUGAUGUGUUUUCGCAGCUCAAAAAUUUUCCACUUUGUGCCUUCUCUAUCAGUUUGGAAUUCAGCUUUUUUGGGUUCUCUACGUAUUGGGAGAACCGAUCUAGUUUGGGAUUUGUAUGCUAAGAUGAUGGAAUCUGGCCUCGUGGGCGAUGUUGACACUGUUGGGUACCUAAUCCGAGCCUUCUGUAAGGAUAACAAGCUCUCCAAAGCUUAUGAGCUUCUUCGGCAAGUGAUUGAAGCUGGGCAUACCCCUGAUAAUAUUGUUUUCAUCAAAUUGAUUUCUGGAUUUUGCAGAGAUGAGAGUUACGUUAAGGUCUCAGAGCUUCUCCAUUUAAUGAUAGCGAAACAAAAACCCAAUGUUGAAAUACUUGAAAAGGAAAACAAAAACAAAACUGAUAUAUUUAUGGUGGAAGAAGGAUUCAUCAAAGCACUGAAAGGUUCAUGGUGGAUUCAAAUCCUCCAAAAAAUGGGUCUUUUGGCUUCAAACCCAAUGAAUUUAGACUUUCAAGAAGAAAGUAGGUAG